AUGCUGCGCAAUGUACUAAUCAUGGCGUCUAGUGGAAUCGUACUCUUCUCUAAGGAAUAUGUAAAUGCUGUUGCCCAGCCUCGAUUAGUUGGCUCGUUAAUCACUGCAAUGCUUGAGUUCUCGAAUAAAGCAAGUGGUGCACCAGUAUCGUACAUUCAAAUGUCUUCCGUGGCUGUGACGGUAGUGACUGACGACAACCAUAAAGUAUUUUGCGCCAUGUUUCAUGACACGACAGACGGUGCGAACUUCUCGGCCUUUGUGGCGCAAGAAUUGCUGGCAGCAUUCAUUGCACAACACGGAGACGAAUUGGGCAACAUUGGACAUAACUUGAGGGACUUUCACCGUUUUCAGUACAAGAUUCUCACCGUCAUACGCGAAUCAGUCAAGCCUAUCGUCAGAAAAUUGCAAAAGCAGCGUGGUAUUUUGAAGGCAAUGCUUGUAGUGGAUGGUGCAGUAACAUGUGCAACAGGAGACGUAGAUCCAAUUGGUGUGUUGGCGAACCUUCAGGCGCUCGUGAACAGCUCGAUUGAUACCAUGUCAUUUUCAGGCGAUGAUGUAAACUCCAUGACAAUUCAAAGCGGACGCAACUCGUGCAUACAAGUGAGUGUUGUAGAAGGUAAUGACGCAUUAGUUGUAGUCUACAAAAAGGGUGCACAGGCGACCAAGAACACGGCGGCAAUAGGGGGAGUGUGUUCGAGCAAUACGACAUGUUUGUGCAUUAGCACGCACAUUGCAGCAAAACUCACGGUGAUAGACGACACUUGGUUCCAGCUCACCGCAGGAAUAUUGACAACUGGAUGUCCACCAUGA